UCUCUCUCUCUCUCGCGUCGAACUCUUUUCCUCGCUCUCAAAUUCCUUUCCUCUAUCAAAUCGUCGGCAUUGUCUACCUUUCCGAUCUAGCUCUUUCACCAUUCGAAAUCUCCGGCGACAAGCCUGAUCUCAAGAUCUGGUUGCAAUUUCGUUUGAUCUGAUCGAUUCGUUCGCGUUUUGAUUAGCCGUGAUUCGUCGGUGCAAGCUGUGAAAAUGCCGGUGGAGGUGGAGAGAGACCAAGGAGAGGUGUCGGUGAAGGUUGAUAUGGAGAAUGCGGCUGAGAACAAACAGGAGGUGGUAGCUCCGGCCUCCAAAGAGGACGUUGGGGAUGAGAUCAGCCGUGGCGGCAACAAUGGCAACGGCAACGGCAACGGUGGCGGAAACGAGAAGGAGGAUACGGAUGGUUCCUACGUUUUCGUUACGGAGAACGAUACCGUGGGAGAUGAUCCCGUCGUGUCUGAUUCUGUUGAGGCGGUUGAUGAUGCCAUUGUGGAGAAAGAUCUUAAGGAGGGAGAGGUUCUGAGUCCUGAGGAAGGUAAGGUGGAGGCUACAAGUAGUCAAACCGUGGAAAGCUCUGGAGAAGAGAAGGCAGUUCAUGGACCAGAGGAAGUCGUUGAGAUCCCAAAGUCAGAAACCGAGGAUCUUCUUGAGAAAAGUGUGGAUCAAGAGAAUCCUGGUAAUGGGCAUCUUGAAAUUGGGCUUGAUGGUAAAGUGGAAUCUAUUGAGGAAGUGGAUCAAGAUUCUGAAGUUGGAUCCAGGGAUAUUCCAGAGAAUAAUGCGGAGGAUCCUGCGGAUUUGCAGGGAAAGCCUGAAGAUAAAGUCGAAUCUGAGAUUAAAACAGAUGUGGAGGGGCAUCAAGGGGAUAUGACUGAAGCUCGAGAAAAAUCUGAUCUGGACUUAGAUAUGGUGGAAGCUCAAGAAAAAUCUGAUCUGGAUGUAGAUGUCUCUGAAGAUCUUCAACAUAACGAGGACGUAGCAAAGCCUUCCCUAGGUGAUUCAGAUGAGCGAAGUGAGUCUGAGGUUUCUCCAACUGACCACAGUGAUGGAGGCAUGGGUCUGGAACAACCUACGCUAACAGAUCCAGCUGAUACCGUUAAUGGAUCUGAAACUGUGAAUGAUCGCACUGGAUCUGAAUCUGUAGCAGUUUUGGAACCUGUUUCUGCUGAGAACGGUCACCCUCAGUUAGAAUCAGAAGUUGAGAAAACAGGUGAUGCCUCAUUCACUUCAGAGGCGGAAAAAGUCAAUGCUCCUGAUGGUGAUGUGUUGCCAGAAUCUGGAACCGUGGAGGUUGGUGUAUCAGAGGUAAGUACUGACGUCCCGAAUGAUAGUCAAACUCUCACUGACGUCAGCUUGGAAUCCCACACAUCUGGCGAAGUUGGUGUUGUUGAAAAUGGUAAUAGCAACCCAGAAUCUGAAGCGAUUCAGGACAGUGCUUUUGUUGACAACAGCAAGGUGCAAUCUGAAGCUGGAGCUGUUGAAGCUUCUGUUUCUGAUGAGAGUAUCACUACUCAUCAAGAAUCUCAAGAUGCCAGCGAACCUGCUUGUGAUGAAGAUGGAAAACAACAGAUAGCAUCUGAAGUUACGGAAGUUCUUGAUGCCCCUGCUUCAGAAGAAAGCAGUGAUGCUGUCAUUGUUUCCAAAGAUAGUGUUCUGGUAGCUCCCGUUUCUGAUGACUCAUCUUGUACUAACCAGCAGGAAUCAGAACGUGGUGUGAUAUCUGGGAUUGUUGAAAAACUUCCAUCCCAUGAGCUACAUGAAGAUGCAACUUCUGUCAAUAAUCCAAGUGUAAAUCUAAACGAUGACACCAGAAGUCAAGGUUUCUCAGAGGAUCAUGGUGUUGUUACGAACCAGAAGAUCCAAGACGAUAGCAGUGUUCAGUCAAAAGAAGUUACCGACGUGAAUGAAAAACAUGCUCCAGUUGAGAAAGUUCAAGAGAACAACUCCGAAAGGGACUUAGAUACUGGCGGUGAUGUUUGUCUAACCUCUGCUGAGGAAGUGAAAGAGUUACCUGCAGGGGAUCUUUCUGGGAAUGAGAGUGCUGACACCAUCUCUACAAACGUCAAUGGAUCAUCGAACUUGUUGGAUUCCAAAAGCGCAGUCUCUGAGUUGGCAGAAAGCUCAGCAGAAGGACCGGUUGGAGAAACAGGCGCUGUUGCGACGAAAUCUGAAGCUGCGCAACCAGUUAAAGAAAGCACUGAACCACAUGUUGUUACACCCGCUAUUCAAUUUGGUGAAAUAAACAGAGAAGUCCUUUGUGGUUCAGAAGUGAACGUUCCCAUCGCUGUUGAUGUGUGUGAGGAUACACCUUCGGAAGAAGUUCCUGAGAUAAAUGACGCGGACAUAAAAGAUAGAUCUGUGAUGAAACCAGAUGAAGAAGUCGAUUCGAAUACUGAGAGCCUUGACAGCACAAAAGCCCCUCUCGACAACAAUGAUCUAAUAAAGGUAAGUAAAGAGGAUGAUUCGAGGGAGGAAAAAAAUGAGACAGAUGGCGCCACUUCCUCAGUUGCAUCUGAUACCAAACAUACAGGAGCUACAGACUGCGUGGAAAGCCAACAUGUUGAAAUCAAAGGAGGAGAUGCUGCUAAAACAGAUGAUAAAGCAGAAGGUUCAGCGCUUGAUGCUUCUGAAGGAAACACUGUAGCGGCAGAGAUAGAGAAAAGACCAUUCUACUUUCUGCCUAGAGUUCCAAGAUAUGAUGACGAGAAGUUAGCUGAGCAACUCAAGCAUGCUGAAGCGCAGGUUGAUCAAAAAACACAGAGUCGGGAUGCUCUUAGAGAGGACAUCCAAAAGAUACGCGCAACAUGCAAGGACUAUGAUAUCAGUUACAAGGCGGCCAUGGCAGAAGAGAGAUCUGCAAGAAAAGCAAUGCAUUCAAAACGGCAGGAAAUUGAGGCCCUUCAGUCUGUGAUUAGCCGGGUUAAGAGUGCUGCCUCUGUUGACGAUAUUGAUUCAAGGGUGAAUAAUAUGGAACACAUGAUACAACACGAAACUCUAUCUCUGAGUGAAGAAAAAGGAUACAUUCGGGAAAUAAAGCAGCUGAAGCAACUCCGUGGUCAGAUAUCUUCGAGUAUGGGUACCAAGGAUGAAGUUAAGCAAGCAUUAGAUGACAAAGAGAAAACGGAAGAGCGUUUGAAGAUGUUGAGAAAGGAACUUGACGCCCUCAGAAACGAUCUCUCAAAAGUCGAAGCAGUCACAAAAGCUGCUAAGAAAAAGUGUGAUGAGGAAUGGGAAGUGCAGAAUAAACUGCAACAACAGUUCAGAGCUGCUGAUGCCGUUCGCCAGGAAGCAUUUGUGCACCUACAAGAUUUGAAGAAACAACAACGAGAAAAGAACAAAUAUUUCUUCAAGUAUAGAGAUGAUUCAAGGGCAGCCAAUGAAAUGGCUUUGAAGAAAGACAGGGCAGCCCUGCAAAGCCUUUGCUCUGACCAGGUGGAGAAUUUCAUGAAUAUGUGGAACAACAACGAAGAGUUCCGUAGCUAUUAUGUAAGAUGCAACACAAGGAGUACGUUAAGAAGAUUAGGAACACUAGAUGGACGAUCUCUUGGCCCUGAUGAGGAACCACCCCGGAUCACUUAUGCUGCAAGAACGGACAAAUUUAGAACUGUGAGUGACAGGGCAGAGAAACAUGAGACAGCUCCACCAGUUUUAGCAAAAGAAGAGAAGGUCGUUAAAUUUGAAGGUUCAAAAGUUGAAAACAAUGGAAAGGAUAUUCCAAAACCGGCUGAACAGAAGAACCAGACCACGAAACCUAAGAAGGCCGUCAAACCAGACCAGCCUCUACAAAUUGUCAAGGAAUUGGUGUCUGCAAAAGAGGAGAUAGAGAAGUCAGCAACAAAGGAAGAAGAAGAAGAGACACCUAAGUUGACCAAAGAGGAAGAGGAACAGAUUAAGAAAGAAGAGGAGAAGAGGAAACAAAAGGAAGCAGCGAAGAUGAAGGAGCAGCAUCGCUUGGAGGAAAUAGCCAAAGCGAAAGAGGCAAUGGAGAGGAAGAAGAAGAGAGAAGAAAAAGCAAAAGCAAGAGCUGCUCUUAAGGCUCAGAAGGAGGCUGAAGAAAAGGAAAAGGAACGAGAAAAGAAACUAAGGAAGAAGGAGAGAAGAAAGGGAGUUAUUACAUCAGAAGAGACACCAGAAAACCCAACUGAGACAUCAGAAGCUGUAAUCGAAACUCCAAGGGAGAUUGAUAUUCCAAAGAAACAAACCGCUGAGGAGAGCCAACAAAUCAAGAAGUCCCACAAAGCAUCAUCACAGUUUCUCAAACAAAACAAGUCGAAAUCUAUUCCACUACCUUUGAGGAACCGAGGAAGCAAGAAAAAACUGAAGCAGUGGAUGUGGAUUGGACUCAUAGUUCUGGUCGCCCUCGCAUUGUUCCUUCUCGGUAACGCAAAUCUCUCCUUCUCUCCCGAAAAUCUAUGGUUUAUAUAAAAAAAGAGAAAUGAUGAAAGUGGCACUCUCUCACACACUUUCCCUUCGUGCUUUUCUAUAGUAAGUUUUGUUUGGAUCCUCAUCUUUAAUUAGUUUGGGUUGUGUUUGGUGUUUUCUAUUUAUUUUGUUCUUAAAAGUGGAAGCUCUGAUUCAUUGAUUUCACACAGACAACAGACAUUAGAUUGGUUUUGCUUGCUUGGUAUUGUCUAAGAAACACGACUUUAAGUUUUGUUUUUAUACCAUAAUAUAUUAUUAUAGCAAUAAUGUCUUCUCUUC